GAGACAAACAAUAUUUAAUGCGUCGUAUACGUGCCACCAACAUUCACAAAGCAAUGAUAGAAUUUUCGUUAUUUCUUUGUUUCGUCGGAAAAAAGAAGGAGAAAAAUCAAUAAAACACGAAAGUUUAACCAAAACGAAUAAAGAAAGCUGAGAAAACAAAAAGACGGCUCGGUUCUGUUCUUUAUUGGGUUUAGUUAAUAGUAUUUUCUGCGAAAUCUUGUUUUUAAGCUUUAAUCCUACGAUAUCUCCACAACUUCUCGAAUGUUUUUGUAUUUUCAGUCGGUGAUAACUCUUUUGGACGAAUGCUACCAUUUGGAUCGUUGUACCAUAUAAGAAUCCGAGGAAUCCCGAAGUAAAUGGAAACAUGGAUAACGAGCAACCACAUCAGGAACUGGUCAAAUGUGUACUUGUUGGUGACACUGCUGUAGGAAAAACACGCCUAAUUUGUGCGCGAGCUUGUAAUAAGCAUGUAUCGCUUUCUCAACUCUUGUCGACACACGUUCCCACAGUGUGGGCGAUUGAUCAGUACCGCAUUUACAAAGAUGUCCUUGAGAGAUCGUGGGAGGUUGUGGAUGGCGUGAACGUUUCAUUGCGGCUUUGGGAUACAUUUGGAGAUCACGAUAAAGAUAGGCGAUUCGCUUAUGGACGCUCGGACGUCGUACUUUUAUGCUUCUCUAUAGCUAGCCCUAUUUCGCUUCGCAAUUGUAAAGCUAUGUGGUAUCCAGAAAUUCGGCGAUUUUGCCCUGAUGUUCCCGUAAUAUUGGUAGGAUGUAAAAAUGACUUACGGUAUAUGUACCGCGAUGAGACUUAUUUGUCUUAUUUUGGUGAGAGGAGCACCUUUGUAAGAGCUGCUCUGAAAAGCGAUUUAGUAAUGCCUGACGAAGCUCGUGCCGUGGCAAGGGAGUUGGGCGUUUCUUAUUAUGAAACUAGUGUCUUUACAUAUUUCGGAGUAAAUGAAGUGUUCGAAAACGCAAUUAGAUCCGCAUUAAUUGCUCGACGACAGCAACGAUUCUGGAUGACAAAUCUAAAAAAGGUACAGAAACCCUUAUUACAGGCUCCGUUUAGACCACCUAAGCCGCCGCCACCAGAAGUAACAGUAGUCGUUGGAAACUAUCGUCAAGAUAUGUACAAUAUGUUUCUGGCACAGACUUACACCGAUCUCAUACUAAUAGUGGGUAACACGAAAUUUUCUGUGCACAAGUUUAUGGUUGCCGCAGCUUCCAAUCUUUUCAAUCGAUUGUUAAGCAUUGACAUUUCUGAUAUGGGUGGCCGAAGUAGCAGCGAAUCUAGUAUGGUUAGUUCCACUUUUGGAGAAGCUACAACUGCGGAUUUUAACGACGAUACCGAGUGUUUGAUUCGAAACGAGUCGCGCGCACAAAGAAUGUGGGAACAAAUAAAGCGUCGAUCUAGCUAUCAGGCACUGCCUCUGAUUGAAGCUAAACGCCCAACUGAGCUUUACAAGGAUUUACAUCAUCCAGUGUUCCAAAAUAUACGAGUCGUUCAAAUAGAUAAUAACAAUGGAAUCCAAACUAACCAGACCAUUUUAACGCUUACAAAAUUGAUUACUACACAGGCGUUACAUCAAUGCCUAAAGUUUAUAUACACCGGCACAAUAGAUUUAUAUAGUGUAGAGGAUAUAAAACAGGCAGCAGAACUAUUAGAGUUGUCACAAUUAACCAAUUUCCUGUCGAAGCCUCCAAAUGCCUUGACUGGCGAAGAACCAAACUCACAUGUCUGUUUGGUAUUAAAAGAAAACAUGGAAAAGCACUGUUCGGGCGAUGGUCUGUUUACAGAUAUUACGUUUGAGUUGGACGAGGGGCAAAUGAAAGCACACAGAGCUGUUCUAGUUUCUCGUUGCGAUGUGAUGAGGGCAAUGCUAGCGGGAGAUUUUCGCGAAGCCCAUUCGAGUGUGAUCAUUUUUCCCGGUGUAACACUAUAUACAUUCCAUAAAUUACUCUGCUAUUUAUAUACCGAUGAAAUACCGCAUAUCUCUGCUGUGAAAUGUCUUAAUCUGUUGGAAUUAGCCAAUCGACUGUGCCUGCCCCGUUUAUUAAAUUUGGUGGAAUGUCGUGUUAUCGAGGACUUGACGAUGAUUUCUCAAAAUGAAACAAAUCAAACAGUCGAUCAUUGCUUAAAACUGUUGGAGCCAGUAAAGCUUCAUAACGCACACCAACUGGCGGAGUGGUGCAUGUCAUAUUUGUGUGUAAACUACAAUAUUAUUUGCAAGUAUUCAAUUAAAGGACUCCGAGCUCUGCACCAAGAGAACCAGGACUAUUUGCGUGAACACCGGUGGCCUCCAGUGUGGUAUUUAAAGGACUAUGACUACUAUCAACGUUGUAUAAAUGAAAUGAACAAAGAAAUCAAAAAUUCCCGACGAGACUCCCGCAGUGACGAUGAAGGUUGUCUUUGUUUUACUGGUGUAAUUUCUUGGAUGCUAGGAAAACCAAAACCCCAAAGGAUGUCUUCUGGAAAUGGAAGUGAAAAUGCGAAUGAGACACAGAUUCUCAACAGCUCUGGAAUUUCAAUGAAUCAUAUUGAUUUGGAGGCCGACAUGGACUUGAAUCUCUGACAUCCAGCCUUGGGGCAUAGGCGAUCGCUACGUUUCAUCGUCAUUUUGCCCGUAUUGAUUUGCUUCAUAUGUACUAUUUUGAGUAUUUUAAUACUCUUUCAAAUUUACACGUAACGCUGGAAAUGGAGGGAGAGAUGAAUACGGAAAUAGGAAAUUUGGCUGCAAGACAAUUUGGACCAUUUCUGUAGUAGGAACAGCCGAGUUAUUUUUUAGACUCAACAAUAUUUUCUAUGUUAAUCAGUUAUUGUAUAAGAAAAAGGCAAGCAUUUUAACCGCUUCAAACAUUAAAUUGCGAAAUAGGGAACUUUUGUCUAGCCAUUAGCUCUUAGCUUAAGCAUUUACUAAUAGUAGUUAGUAAGUAAGUAGAAGACACUCAUAAAACCAACAAUAUUUGUUUCUUACUUUGCAAAAAUAAUUUGUAUUCAGUUUUCUACUAGAGAAACACCCGACUGAAGGAAUUAUGUACAUAAGCUACAAAUAUCACAGUUUUAUGGUGUGACAUUUGAGCAUUAGUUAAACGAUUCUUUGGAUUUAAGUGAUGCAUGGCAAUCUAUGACAAUGUUGAAGGUUCAAUAUGUUCUAUGGUCUAUUCGAUUAUAUAAUAUCACAUUAUAGUUGCAAUAUCAACAAUACACAUGUAAAUACGUUUUUAACAAUGCUAUAAUAUAAUGGAUCAUCUAAUAACUGAUAAUAUAACUGCCACUGUACAAUC